UAGGCAGCGCUUGUGUGUGUCGUGUGUUUUGUACGUGGGUUGUCUUAAAUGUUUGUGCUAUUACUUUAACCUCAGGAUUAUGUACCAAGUAGGUCCAACUGAAGUUUCAUCGAAGGUCUCUAUUCAAAUGGCUACAUCUUCUGGAAUUGUGGUGGAUUGGGCUUAAAACUAUGUUAUGUCGUUUACUUCUCUCUUUAGCUCGCCUAGUUGAAAUAAUCGUUCGCCGUAGCGCUGCUGCGUGCUAUUUUCCUCUGGCCACUAGCGAUUACUUUGUUGCAGAAAGCAUUCGAAGCGGCACGAGGUACUCCCUCGUAGCCAAACAGCUGUUGAAAGCACGCGGUUGCUCGACCUUCAUCUCUGUCCAGCAGGGAAUAAUAACAUUGUGCGCACGUUGGCCUUCGAUAUGAGACAUGAACAACGCUACGUUCGUGGACGAUAUUUCUGAAGUGUCACCACCACAAGAGCCACGUAAUGUGCUACCUCACAUGGAUGAUAAGCCACAGCCUCAGAAGCGGCGUGCAGUCAACCGUGCAAACGCCCCUUGGCGUGUUUCCGUGGUGGGAGGCCUUAUCGUUCUGUUUGCCACAGGCGUGUUUGGUACCUCGGGCCUUUUCUAUGUCUACUUCAUGGAGGCGUUCGGCGUCAGCCGCGAAGCCGCAUCCUGGCCAGCCAGCACAAUGGCUGUGACACUUAACUGCUCAGGUCUCGUCGUUUCCUUACUCCAACGCUUCAUGAGCAUAUUUCAAGUUUCUUUCCUUGGCAGCAUUCUGCUCUGGACGAGUCUGAUGUUCGCAGCGUUUGCGCCUAGUAUGCAGGUCAUGACCUUACUUUUUGGGGCUAUUCACGGCCUGGGACUAGGCUUCGUGGAGAAUGCUGUGGCCGUCAUUAUUGCAACCUCGUUCUUAAAGCACAAGUCCUUCGCAAUGGGCCUGAAAGACAGCGGUCGUACCUUGUCCGUUCUUAUUUUUCCGAGCGUCGUAUCUUACUUCAAUUCUCUUUACGGCGUCCGCAGCACGCUCGCUCUAUGUGGAGCAUUGCUUAUGCACGUAACAGGGCUAGUGCUAACGCUACGGCGGCACCCCUUUACGGAACGGCCCACUCUUCGCCUGAGUAUUACUGGAACUAAGGUUACCGUAACUUCUGGGUCAAUAGGAGCCAGCCGAAGAAUCAUCAACAACCACCACGAAGAACCAUCAGAUAACGUUACCAGGAAACUAAUUGUAAAAACUAUCAAUUACGGAUCCUGCAAGAUCUUUAGAAAGGCGGCCGAACUCCCUGGUAAUAACUUGCCGCCACUUGGGGCGCCGCAGUCCCCGAUCUCAGAUUCCAAAAUAAGCAUAAACGCGCAGAAGCAAGCCACUGGCGGGGUCGCACGGGCACCAGCAUGUGUAACUUCCGAAGGUAGCAGCACCAAUACUACACAGCAACUUCACGAACACGAUAACACCGGCUCUCCAAGGUCACAGACACUGCGGAACGAGCAUGCGGUUGCUGAAUGUUUCUCGUCACCAUCGGUGAAUACGCUGCAGCGGGAGAACACAGAGACUUCACUGACCAGCGACGUUGAAAGGCCGACCCUCAAUGAGGACCAAAAGAAGACUGCGCCAGCUAACAGUAUCCAAGUGGACCUUCUCUUUGGUGACCCUAAGUUUUACGUCCUCGCGUUCCAAAACACAGUGAUGAGCUACUCGUCAUUCAUGUUUCGAUCGAUGAUAGUUGACUACGCAAGGGACAAGGGGGUGCCCUUGGCUCAUGCCGAACUGAUGGGGACAUACUGCGCGGCAAGCGACCUGCUUCUAGGCCACAUGGGCCUCCCCUUCCUGGCCGACCGCGGAUUUGUGAACAGAACCUUGCUUGCGGCGCUAACCUUCGGCCUUCUCUCGGCAUCGAUGUUAGCUUUAAGUGUCUCGGAAGGAUUCGUAUCUUUCGUCGGCAUUUUUCUCGUGCAGUCCCUGCUCAUCUCGGCGACAGCGUCAUUCUCGCCUGUGUUGAUCACCGACUACCUUGGGGCUUCCCGGGUUCCCAUAACUUGUGGUGUCUCUGGUAUCGUCACCGGGCCUCUGCUCUUGGCCACGCCCUCAAUAACAGGCUUUUUCAGGGACACCAGGGGUUCCUACGACAACUUAGUGCGCCUUAUUGCGGGGCUGGCUGCCACCACUGCUCUACUUAUCCUCCUUCUAAGGAUACCAAGGAAAAAGCGCCGAACUUCUGUAAACAUCCAAUAAACAUAAAUUGUCGUGUCACAAGCAAAUGAACAAA